AUGUUUAUAUUACAUUAUUAACAAAUUAAUACUGCAUAUAAUUAUAAGAGAAUUUCAUGGGAUUUGUAUCACCUUGAACUAGGAUUUAAGAUCUAUUGAGUUGGAUUAGGAUCCCAGAUUAUCAAAAAGCUAGUUCAAAUCCAGUUUCGUUCAAAUGAUUUUGGAUUUCGGUAACGUUUGAGUCCCAUUAUUAUUUUAUCAAUCCCAGAUUUGGAUCCUUUAUGGGGCAAUCUUUGAUCCUAUUACCACUGACUGAUUUUUAGGAGGUGGGUUUUUUUUUAUUUUUUAUUUUUUUUUAAUAUUAUCUCUAUUGAGAUACAAUAUGAUUUUAAAAUCUAUUAGAUAUAAGUGAUUAACUCUUAUUUUUUAAAUUUUUUUAGACAUAAAUAGCAUCAUGGAAUCAUUUAUAAAGAAAGUAAUUAUCCAUUAUUAAUGAAAUAUGUUAGAUAUUAUAUUUAAAUUUAUAAAAUUAUUCAAAUUUUAACAUCUGAGAAAAUCAAAGUCCUUAUUCACCAAAAAAGAAGAAAAAAAAGAGUAAUCAAAAUCCUUUUCCCAAUAAUUUACCCAAAAAAAGGAGAGAGAGAGAGAGAGAGAGAGCCAAAGAGGAAUAGACGAGGGGAGAGAGAACGAGAGAGAGAGAGGAGAGAGAAAAAGAUUGAGAAGACAGAAAUAUAAUACACGAGAGAGAUAGAGAAGAGAGAAAGAGACAGAGAGGAAUAUGACAGAGGGGAGAGGGAAAGGGAGAGAGAGAGAGAGAGAGGAAUAAACUAGGAAGAGAGUGAGGGUUAGGCCAAAAUAGAGAGAAAAAGAGAGAGAAAGAUAAAGGAAUCAGCUAGAGAGAGCUCAUGUGGCAUUAACACCAUAUCAAAUAAUUUGUAUAUAUAUAUAUAUAUAUGUUAGAAGAGUUAAAGUCAUUGUAUAAAUAAUGUUGAAUUUAAUUUUUUAAAUAAAGAAAGAAACAUUAUUGAAGAGUUUCUUUUAGCCAGCUAGAUAGUAUUAAAAUUAAUUAAGGAGGUACUCGACAAAAUUUGUAGAGCUGACUUUGUGUUUAAAAUAGCAAGUGGUGGUUGUGUAACGUGGAGUUAAUAAUAUGGAUUUCGUGUUAGAAUCGAAUGAUCUCACUCUGCCCAUGGAGAACUAAAUAUGAGCCUUUAAAAACCGUUGACAUUGAGCUAAAUUAAAAAUUAAAUCUCUCAAAAAAAAAAAAUAUAUAUAUAUAUAUAUCUUUCGAGGAAGUAACCACACCACCACCUCCUAGUUAGUGUUUGAUUGGGUUAGCUGCAGGGUUUAUUUUGAUUCUCUUGUAACGAGAAAAACCAUUGACGGAAUUAUUCAUAUAAUUCUUUGACAAAUUCAAGGGGUUGCUUUCAUGAAUAAGUACAUAGGAACGUCAAAGACAGUAACAUGACUUUGAUAUGUAAAACGUCUAAAUUGUCAAGAGUUUGAUAAUUAAGCAAGAAACAUGAGUUUGAUAUGUUGAUUGUUGGAGCCAAGGUGCUCCAAUUAUACAUAUAAGAAUGGGAGUACAUCAUUGUAUUCUGGAGGCAUGGUGUGUGAUGCUUUGCAUUUUGUCAUGUGUUACUACUAAUAUCAAUGGAAGCAGAGAAACCUCGCAUGAAUAUGAUGAUGAUGAUAUCCAUUGCUUGAAGUCCAUCAAAAUGUCACUACAGGACCCACAUGGUUAUCUACUCUCAUGGAACUUUGAUCAAAUUUCAGACGCUUCUAUGAUGUGUAACUUGAUGGGUAUUAGUUGCUGGAUGAACCGUGAUGAUCAUGACAAGUACUUGAGGGUCCGUGAAAUCCGACUCUCCAAAAUGGGUCUCAAAGGCCGGUUUCCUCUGGGACUUGAAAGCUGCUCUUAUAUGGAAUUGGAAACAUUAGACCUUUCCUUCAACAACCUCUCAGGUUCUAUUCCAUCUCACAUAUCAACAACUCUCCCUUCUAUCUCCAACCUUGAUCUCUCCCACAAUCGUUUUUCGGGUCAAAUCCCAACACAUAUUGCCAAUUGCCUCAUCCUCACAGUCCUUAAACUCAACGACAAUCAACUCUCUGGUCCAAUACCAUCACAACUUGGCCUGCUCACUCGUCUAACCCUAUUUACUGUUACCAACAAUCAAGGACUUUGUGGAGCCCCUUCCAUCACGCCCUGCACCCAACACCAUCACUUGUUCCAAGAUUUUAAAGACGGGUUUUUCAUUGGUUAUGAGGUUUCUGCGGUUUUUGUUACAACUGGGUUUACAUGCUAUUAUUGUUUGCUUUGGUUCCAUUUGAUGAAGAGGAAAAACAGGGCCAAGUUGUCGUCUCCGCUGAGGAAGAAGAAUAACCGAACUACCCAAGCUAAUUAUCAGAUUUCAGAGUCACAGAAGUGGGUUGCUAGAAUGAGUUUUGGAGAAAUUAGCAAGGGAACUAACAAUUUCUCUAAGGACAAUAAAAUCGGAACGGGGAAGAUGGGGACAAUGUACAAGGCAGUGCUCGAUAAUGGUUGUUCCAUAGCUGUCAAGAGGCUAAAUAAUUCUCCACUACAGGAUAUGAAGUUCAUCAAUGAGAUAAAGACUCUAGGUAGAAUUAGACAUCCUAAUUUAGUUCCCCUCUUGGGUUUCUGCAUCAAAGGGCCAGAGAGGAUUUUGGUGUACAAAUACAUGUCAAAUGGAAAUCUCUAUGAUUGGCUUCAUGGUGUAGAAGAUAAGGUCAUGAUUAUGGAAUGGCCUUUAAGGGUUAAGAUUGCAGUUGGGCUAGCAAGAGGGUUGGCUUGGCUCCACCAUGAUUGCAAUUUCAGAACGGUCCAUGUCAACAUAAGCUCAAAUUCUAUCUUACUAGAUGAGAAUUUUGAGCCCAAGAUAUCGGAUUUUAGGGGGGAAGUGUUGAUGGAUCCAAACCAUACCAAUUCAAAGAGGAGUAUGCGGGUACAUAAUGAUGUUCAGGAGAUGGAUAUUUUAAAGAAGGAUGCGUAUAGCUUUGGGACUGUUCUGCUUGAGUUGAUAACAUUGAAGAAGCGUAGCCAAAUGAGUAGUCCAUGUAGCAGUACUCAGGAGGAGAGUUUGGGAGGAUGGGUUAGUCAACUAUUGAGGAGUUGUGCUUCAGAUGAGAUCUAUCAAGGCAACAUUGAUAAAUGUUUGAUAGGGAAAGGAUUAGAUGGUGAAAUCAUUGGGAUGCUUAGGAUUGCUGCUAUUUGUGUGCAGCCAUUUCCAGUUGAGAGGCCAACCAUGCUUCAAGUCUACCAAAGACUAAGUGUUAUUGGAGAAAGAUAUGGGAUUACACAUGAUUUUAGGAUUUCAAGACAACCUGACGGUGAAAUUGUAGAGAUUGGAUGAAGCUGUAAAUACUGGCAGUUUUAAUCAUUUGGUACCAUGCAAAUAUGAAUAUUAUUACCUUUACUUUUCGGGUAAUUAAUUAAAUGUCAGUUUCCCUUUCUUAGCCUUCUACGAGUAGUUGAAUCUAAUGGUUCAGACGAAGUAGAAACAUGAACUUUUGGCUGAUAUAAUGUACUCUGUCUGUCAUCAUCAUCAUUUUUUUAUUAUUUUUUUAACUCAUAGUUUUGCCACAAUGAAAAUGAUGAAUGACACAUGUAUCUCAUGCACAUGUAUGCACAUCCUAAAAUAAAAUAAGUGAAAAAAGUUGGGGAAAAAAAUGAAACAUGCUGUUCUACUUCCUACAUGUGUUAACCAUCCUCUGU